CUUCGGGCCCGGCAGCGACCUGAAGUUUUUUGUCUCGUCGUUGAUUUGCUUCCUUCCUUCUUGUUUCUUGCAGUAUGUGGUUCGAUACACCGCCCAAGUCUGAUAUCGCCUGCCUGAUCUGUCGAAAACGCAAAAUCAAGUGCGGCCGCGAACUGCCACACUGCGGCGUAUGUCGGCAGACAAAUCAGACUUGCGAAUAUCCGCCUGGCCAUCUGAAGCCAGGCCCAAAAAUUGGCUCCCUACAAAAACGUCGCAAGCGGCAACGCGAAGAGGCUCAGGCUGAACCAACCCCUACUCCAACUCAAUCAGAACAGCAACGGUCAAUCUCGCCAAAGCAAACAGUUUCGCCUGCUGGUCCUACUACAGCACCAGCAUCAUCAGCACGACCUUCUCUCCCUGCUGGGUCUGUCGAGCCAGAGGCUCUCAAACCAGAUGAAGCUGACGAAGACGCGGAGCCGGCCUCUGCUGACGCCAGCAAGCAGCGUCGAGACUCGCAAAACACGAUCUGCUAUCUAUCAUAUAUCCUUCACCCUUCACAUGAAGCUUCCACUCCACCCGAUACCGAAAAAGAGAAAGAUACCGCCUCGCCGACGUCUUCCAAGGAGUCGGUCGAGAACCAGCAGCCUCUGAUGAUUGCCAGAGCGUGCUACGCGCUCAGGGUGACGCCUGACGAUCUGAAGCGGCUCGUCGGUCUAUAUUUCGAAAACAUGGUCUCAAUCACCCUUUUCCGCGAGCCUAAUUUUGAGGAAAAAAUCUCAAAGCUGCAAACUCCUGCUCAGGUUCACGCGCUACUUGCUGCGAUGCUGGCAUUUUCGUCUCGGUUUUGUGGGCACGAUGACAGUCUCGAGCCGACGUCGCUAUCUUCGUACAACCCUGCGACUUUCCUUUCCUUAGCGACCAAGUUCAUCGCCGAGGCACUGGAAGAGUGCGGCGAUGAGUCGCCACCUCUUGCUGUCUUGCAGGCUCACAUCAUCAGCACUCACGUCAUGCUCUCGCAAGGUGUCCGUGGCAAGGCCUGGCGUGCGAUGGGAGCUUGUGUUCGACUUGCAUACGAGCUCAAUCUCCAUCUUAUUGAUGCUAUCCCGGUCGAGCAUACUAGUGAGAACGCAGCGCGGUGGAUCGAUGACGAAGAAAAGCGAAGGGCGUGGUGGGCAGUGUGGGAGAUGGAUGUGUUUGCAAGCACGAUUCGCCGCUGUCCGACCGCAGUCGACUGGUCCCAUAUGGAAACUCUGCUUCCUGUUGAAGACAAGUACUGGUUUGCCGGAACCCCCACCGCUAGCUGCCUCUUUGAACUCGACCUCAUCACCCGCUGUAAGACUUUGCAGGAGAGCGGCAAUCAGUCGCCGAAAGCGUGGUUUAUUGUCAUCAACUCGCUUAUGAAGCAGGCGCAGAUGAUUUCAAAGCCAAGGGCAAUUAUGAACCUGGGUGGAAACUUCUUUUCAGAAGAAAAUAUGGUUCAGAACGCUUCAGUCUCGCCUUGGUCAAACUCUGGAGUUUUUACCAGUCCCGCGGUCAACUACAGCUCAACCGCAGAUGGGAAGCAGAAGAAGCUAGACGCGAGGCGAGUUAUUCAGGAAAAUCGUGACAAGCUAGAGAUGCUUUCCAACUCGGUCCGGUGCUUUUCAAUUGCCUUACCGGUGCAUUUGCGGUAUCGCAACCAGUAUCUCAGUUUUGACGCUCGCGAGCCCGGACAGCAGUUUAGCUUCAAGCAGCAGCACUGUGGGAUCCAUAACAUCUAUCUGAUGACGCAGCUCGCGAAGCUCAUGAUUCAUCAUUAUGACGUUUUCGGCUCUGCUGCGCGCGCUACGGCCUCGCUAAAUCGAUUCAGCAACAAGCGGCCCGGGAACGCCAAACGAGACGACGAGCUGGCUUUGUCUCUGUAUCUGGAGGCUGCUGACAACAUUCUCUUGAUUACAAGACGAAGCCACGAGGACCACGUCAAGUACAUCAAUCCGUUUUUGGCAUCUACUAUCUGGCUUGCGUCUGCCGUCGAGCUUGUUCACAAGGAGUUUGGUCCGUCGGGUACGAACCGAGGUCUCAUCAAAAGCAAGUUCGAGGUGCUCUAUCAGACCUACAAGAAAUGUGUCAGCUUCUGGGGGAUCGAGACCGCGUUGCAGCAUAAUCUUGAGCUUUUGGAGGAAGAACUGGAGCGGUACCGUAAGCUGAUUGAGGACCAACUCAAGGCCAAGCCCAAGAAUGGUAUCAAGCGGGCAAGAAAGGAGUCGACGACCUCGGAUACACAGGAGGCGACUUGGACGCAGGAAAUCAAGCCAAAGACGGAGACCUCGUCACCUAAUCUGCAUGACGAAAGGGCUGCAGUAACUCCAAAGGGGCUGUACGAGGCUGCGAAAGGAAUACUCCCUGCACAGCCUGCGGAUGCGGAUGAGAAGGGGCCUGUGCCGCAGUCAAACAUUCUCUCGCCUGAGAUGUUUUUGGAUGGGUUCUCGCCGAGUCUGUCCGCGCUUGAUUUCCUGCGGACCUCUCUCCGAAACUCCCCGUGCGCAACUCCCGGCGGCGGCGGGGUGACCACCGCGUCCAAUGGAUUUUCCGAGCACUCGCCCUCUUCCGCUGUCAUGUCGCCCGAGUUGAAGCUGUUUGGCGAGUCCCUGCAGCAGUCGCUAGGGUACGGAACCGACUCGCUGCCGCCGAUGGCCUUUGGUCUGCACAUGGACGGCAGCAGUCUUGAGCUGGCGAGUUAUCUCGAUGAGCUGCUGAGCGGAAGUGUGAUCUACUGAUUACGUCUUCCAGUGUAUUUUUGUAAGCAUGUCUGGUGUACUCUCAUCGCUAUCUGUGUUAGCUUGGGUUGUUUUUGGAGUCUUUUUUUUAGUUGUUGUUAGUAUUUUGUAGCUCGGAUAUCAAGGUGAUUAUUAGGCGUCUCUGCUAUUGUGAAAAUGUAAAUUAGGUCUUAUGUGCCAUGUUUGUAAUUGAAUAUAUUAUUCGCUUUACCAUAUCUUUUUCCAAUACGUAUUUAUUAGUACGAGGGGAAUAAAUUUUUA